AUGAGAUCACUCAAAAGUAUAUUAGUUUCUGUAAAAAUCAAAGCGCUAGAGGAAAGGUUGGAUGAUAUAGAUAAUCUAUUGGCUAAGAAAUCGAGGAAUAAUAAGCAUAAGACUGCAGAUAACUGA